AUGGAGGCUGCUGAAGAAAGCCCAGCAGAGACCCAAAGUUCAGCUCAGGGCACCUUAAUUGAACUAAAUAGUUACAUUGCUACAGAUAAAGUGCUUGUCUCACUAGAAGGCAAGAGGAAGCAGAAAGGGUAUUUGCCACCUGAAUCUGUGAAGGUCUUCCAUGACUGGCUCUAUGAGCACUGGUUUAAGGCCUACCCUUCAGAAAUAGAGAAAAGAAUGUUGUCAGAGCAGACUGAUUUGUCUUUCCUACAGAUCUCUAAUUGGUUCAUCAAUGCCCACAGAUGCAUUCUUCUGGAAAUGCUUAAACAGGAUGGAUGUGACACCAGCCAGAUCACCAUAUAUGACCAAAAAGGCAAGGCUGGAUGUGACCACCAGCAGCCUGCUGAUCCAUCUUUUGAGGCUAAGUCAAGGCCCAGAGAUCCAGAUGGGAUUCAAAGCUUGCAGAUGUGCCAGGAGUCCGGGGAGAAGCUGCCAGACCUAGAGUUGGUCCCAGGCCAGAAGCUUACCCUUAAGGCCCAGCCAAAGAAAAAGGUUGAGAUUUUUGCCAGUGUGGCCUUGCUUAUAUCUUCUCCCCAAUCUGUGGCAGCAGAGGAGGACAAGGACUUCAGCAGCUUCUAGCUGCUGGUGGAUGCAGCCGUACAAAAGACUGCUGAACUGGAGCUACAGAAAAAGGAAGAGCCCAAUCCAUGA